ACAUCCGUCGCGCUUUACGGUGAAACGCGCGACACAGGCCUGCGUCCGCCACCGUAAACCGACAGACACAGCGGAUCUUUCGCGUCUCGUAUGAGGCACACGAGCAGCCAAACCCUUCUUCCAGCGGAAACCGAUGUGUCAUGACAUCGAUCGGGGAGAAAACGAGGAGAAUCCAGGAAUAACGCGCGACUCCGGAGCGACAUUAUAUUCAUUCCGAGGGUUUGUGCUGAAGAAAACCAUGAAAUCCUCUACUUGCAGCACCUGAAAGAGAUUUACAUAAUCAAGACCCGAUGGAAGAGCCGUACAAAGAUUCUGUAGCCGUAGACAUGGCAAACCCUGAGGAAGAGGUCUGCAAUGGUGGAUCCGCCGCCACUGAUGCAGUUGGGAAACUGGAAGGGGAGACCACUCCAAUUAUUUCACCCGAGACAUGGAAUGUCAGCUCUCCAACCAUCACAAGGCGAUCCCCGUCGCCCCUGCUAACGAUACAAGCCACCCCGGUGGUGACCCCGGCUGCUGAGUCUCCCAACGGUGUUGCCCUGAAGGUUGCUACAACUGUGCUCCAGCCAAUCUGCUUAGGGGAGAGUCCAGUAGUAUUGCCAAUCCUUGCUGGACCAGCUGCCCCUCAAGUCGGACAAUCAGGGGCCACUUCGUACCUGAUGACUAGUCAGGGUCCUGUGUCCCUACCUCUGGUCUUGGAACAACAAGUCCUCCAACAUUUGAAUCAUCAAUUGCUUCAACAAACAGCAACUUGUCCUGCCCUGCCGCUGCAGAACAGCAUCCUGUGCCAGAACCCUUCUCUUGCUUUUGGAGCACCUCCAGUCCUGGACCAGAAAGGCACAAGUCCAGUGUUGGAUACUAGUCUACUGACUCUUCUUCAGAACCCUAACUUUGCAGCCAUCCUGCAGGACCUCUUCCCUGGCCAAGGCAACUCUUCUCCCACUUGCCACCCAACGUCUUCCCCGCAAGUUGACCUUGCCUCUGCGUUCUUUCCUCCUCUGCCUCUCUCGCACCCCUACAGCUCUCCACUAGCCCCUCUGGUGCCUCCAGCCACCUUGCUCGUCCCCUAUCCUGUUGUGAUCCCACUUCCAAUGCCUCUUCCAAUCCCAGUGCCAAUCCCAGUCCCGGUCUCCACUUGCAAGGACUCCAAGGUAGAGGUAGACGUCCCUAAACCGGCUUGUACUUCAAGCAAAAGCACACAGACUUCACCUAGUGACAUCUCCCCUCAUUUGACAUUUACCAGCAAGGAAAUGGCAGUAGUCCAACAGUCUCUUCGCUCUUGCUCGUCCCCUGUAGUGACAGAUGGAGAAGUGCUAGAUUUAUCCAUAAGGGCACCUCAACCUUCAAUCCAUGUUGAUGUGCCACAAGGGAUCCAGCCAUUUCAGCAAGACGGUGUCCUUGAUUUGUCUAUACCUAGUAUAAGAAAGACAUGCAUCCAGACUUGUAGCACAUAUGGGCCAUUGGCCCAGGAGCGGGAGAGGGUGUGCCACCUGGGGGACAAUGUUAGCAGUGGGGCUUUGGCUCUUGGGGUUCUCCGGCCAGUAGAAUGCACGCCGAAGCUAGACACCAAGCUGCUAAGUGGUUUAGCAUCUCUAGAGUUCAGCAGACAGCACAAGUGGGUGGUAGAUAGCGGUCACGGUAGCACAGUGGCUGGGGCGCUACAUGACUCUGCGCUCACCGGAAGCGGCAACAUCGAGAUCGUCAGCACGUCGCAGACUGCCAAAGUCAUCGUGUCGGUCAAAGACGCCAUGCCUGCCAUUUUCUGCAGCAACCUAAAAGGAUUAUCAGGCGUUUCUACAAAGAACUUUUCCAUCAAACGUGAUGCCAGUCAAGGGGGCUUCGCCACACUUCCCAGGGUCCCAGGGGAUCAGCGAGGAGAAUCCAGUGACCCGCUCAAAAAGAUCUCUAAAAACAGAGGCAUCAAACUGAAGAAAGUAAGCUCCCAGGAGAUUCAUAUACUGCCCAUAAAGAAGCAGCGACUGGCGGCGUUUCUGCCCAGAAAAUAACACAUGCUCUCUUGAGAGUGAGAGUGAGAAGGGAAAACCAAGGACAUGAGCAAUGAAACCGCUACUGAGGUGUAGCUAGGUAAAUAACUACUUUGAAAAAAGCUGGUCUGAGAAAUUUAACCAGGGUAUGAUGAUGAUAAAUGCAUUCCUGGCAGAAAUAAAGCCUAAAGCUUGUUCUCCAAGCUGUUCAAAUGAUUUAGACUGAUGCUAGCCGCCUCUGGUCUGACGGUUGGCAUUUGAUCCAUUCAUUAUAAAGCAAGUCGACAGGAAAAUGCUCCAAGUAUAAAAGAACCAAUCUGAAUUGCCUAAACUGCACUACUACUGAUAUUUUUUAGCAUUAACGCCAGAAUCGACUCCCUUCCUAUGCAUUUUGAUUUCGGUCACACAUCCUCAUGAAUGAUUCAUCACGCGUAAUCUGCAUUGUCAUUAAUAUGCAUGAGAUCUGUUUUGAAACCUGGCCAGCUGUCAGUGAGAAACGCAACGUGUAGCCCUGACAAAUUCUCCUCUCGCUAAUAUGAUGAAUUCUUGCUCUCCUCUCGCUGUUUACACUUGGAGUGCAAGACAUUUCGCAUUUUUGGUCCUAAUGAACUGUAGAAGGGAACCGUGACCUUUUGCUUCCCUAAUCACUGUAUUAAUCAGUGGGGCACUGGAGCGGAGCAUCCUCUUUGAAGAACAGGGAGGGGUAAGCAGUUAGCAUGGCAGCCUGAUAAUGACUUGGCAAAGCCCAGUUCUCGGUUUCAUUAAGUCUGAUGAUUGGAGGAAAUGGUUGUCAGUAGCAACAAAGCAUAGUUUUCAUCAUCCUCCCUUUGGGGGGCAAAAAGCCUCCCUUCACCCGCCCCAAACUAAAUUAAAACUAAAUAAUCAUUGGGGGUUCGUCCCUAACGACAACAAAUCUGAGUGAAAUGGCUUAUUAAUGCUGUUUUUAUGGCCGUGGGUUCAACUCGGGAGUCAUUUUUUAGGUUAUAGUCAGCCAGCUGUGUGAACACAAGGAGAGUUUCCCUUGCAACAGUGUACAGAUUUGAAUGAUCCUAAUAUACCUUCAGUGUUUUAGAUGGUGAAUUGCCGACAAUGGACGUGAAGAGUUCAAAAUUAAACAUCUAUCCCUCAGCAAGCAUUAAGAUCAGUUUUCCUUCUCGGGUGAGCCUGGUUUUCUUUAUACAUGUUACUUGUCAUGUUGUGCAAAAUUCAUUGGUGUAUGUUAUUCUUGUGUUUAUUUAAUCUUUGAUGAAAAUGAAGAACUUGGGUGAUGUCAGCAAAGUUGCACAAGCAAUUGGUUAAUAUUAAGGCUGUUUAGUCGAUGUUUUAAGCUACUGUUGCAGUCUUGCUAAUAGAUAAUGCAGAAAAUUUAAUGCCAAGUAACAUUACAGGAUAAAAGGUUAUGGCAAUAAUGAUAGAAUUAGAAGUGUUACCAUUUGAAUAUGUGGAGAUGCUCGAGGGUGAACUUGACAUUCAGUCCCAGUCAAAACACCUCUUCAAAAGUGUGUGCUGGUGAUUUUUACAAUCCAUUGCAAACUCCCCUUUAGGUCUGGCCUCAUUCCCCUGCUUGAUCAAAUACAUUUUUAAUGGA